UCCGCACGGCGGGUAUAAAAAAUCAACUAAUUUUCAUUUUAUGCUGCACCAGAAACAAUUUUAAUUCAAGUGCGCCGCCAGACGCACGAACACAGCGCCACUAACAGCCUCUAAAAUUUUAAUAGCUCACACAUUAUAAACGCAAAUAAACGCCUCCGCCGGCAUUCCUUUGAGCACUUUCGUCCUUUCGUCCUGCUGCCACUUCGCAUUUCGAUGUACAUUUGCCUAGCAGCAGCUUAGGUUGUUUGUGGCAUGUGCACUUAGGGAUGGCAGCACAAUUGAAAGGGGCGGAGGAUGUGGGAGAGCUAGAAGGAAGGAAAGUUUUCCGACUUUCCCAGCGUCCAGCGCUCACUUUGGGGGAAUUUCCCAUACACUUGCGUCCCGCCUGCAACUUAAAGGCACUAAAGUUGCACAGAAUUAAGCAUACUUCCAGGCACUCAGCGGCAUAUUAUGUUUAUCAUUAUGUUUAUACUAUGGCUGUAUAUAUGGGGCCUAAUGUUGCCGCUUUCUUGGCCAACGCCAGCUGUUGCCCGGAAAAGUUCAUCUCGGCCCUAAGUUCCGUCGGCUUUAUUUGAUUCUCAUUUAAUUUCGCACACCCACCGGGUGGCCCUUAAAAAUUGGCAUAACAAUUACGCCGGAAAUAGGCAAUGACAGUGGAGUUUCUACCGUUACGGGGUGGCCUGGAAAUGCCGG